AUGAAGGGGGGAGCCGUGAAUGUUCAUAGGUAUGCGGUAGCAUGGCUACUGCAUCCUAUAAAUACCGCAGCCCCUUGUGCAACAACCCCCCGUUUCUGCUUUUUUGUCUCUGAUGAUGAAUUCGAGUAGGAAUCCGAAACGUCAGGCUAAUAAAGCUCUUGUCCCAGCGAUCGUGUCUCCUUCUUCAUGACCGAGUUGUCUUUGCAAGUUGUCAACAGGAUAGCAAAAUAUCUUUAGCUCAUCAACAAGUCCUUCACUGCCCGCCCAAAUGGCUCUCUUCUGUAGAAACACAUCAAACGCCUGUCCCUCAGAUUCUACCGAUAGAUCACGAGUUAAUUUCACAUUCACCAAGUAUAUCAUACUUCCGCAUAAAAUCAACGAAAUGCAUGUCUGGGCCUUUAGCUAGUUCCCUUGAUGGUAGUAUAAUAAAUUAAUCGAACCAGCAGUAUUAAGUCGUCAUUUUUAGGGCAUUGUCAGCCACCCAAAUUGGUAUCGACUGAGUAACGUUCCCCUUGUGUCAUUAGUUAGUUUGGCGCGUGUGCAACUACGAAGCCCGUGACUAAAAAGUCUUCCUCAUAUCCAAUAAAUUUUCAUUAUCAAGUAACUCAUGAAUGUGUCUAACUUUUCGAAACGCCUCUAAUCACUUAGAAGCCCACCCAAACACAUUUGCCAAAACUCCCAGCUGAUGAUGAACGACGUUAGUUGAAAUUCAAACAUAAAAUUAAUGCUAAAAGAAAUAUUACGUUUUUAGAAGUAACACUUCUUGUAACAAAAUCAUGUCAUGUCAGUUGGCUAAACUCGAUUUCUAAAAGUACAUAAAGUCUGUUUACACAUAGAAAAGGGGACCUUUCCGGAACGGGCUAGAGGAAUACGCAAAUUGCACAACGUGUUAAGUGUCCCAGAAUUCGCAGCCAGUUUCCUGUUAUCACGUCUCAUGAGUUACGCCGUUUACUGUCUAUCGUGGUAUUGCACUUCACUAAUCAUCGGUGUACUUGUGAUGGAAAUAAUGUAAUCAAGACAGUCUCACGGCAAGUCAAGUGACGGUAGUAUGAAGACACCAUGUAAAGAAUCGUACCAUUCCGUCCAUGUUAACACGUGCAUCAUACGACACUUUAGCAUUGUCGCAUGCUCGAAGAGUGCAUGAAUGAGAAGAAUUGAUCCUUCUGGCCACUUGGUCGUUGUUAGCCAGACGCAACCCACGUACGGGUCGAGAGACAUUGGGUUUUUAAUAACCUACAGUAGAUGUGCUAACUCAUGAAAUGUCAACCAAAAUUUCGAAAUGCGUUCUCGUUUCGAAAAGGUAAAUUAAGUAGUGUUGUAAAGCUAAUCAUGAUGCAGCAUAAAUCUAUAAUGAUCCAGUUACCUCAGGGUGUCGCCUUUCGAAAAAACUUAUUUGCGGCUGCAUGCAAGAUCUAUACUCUGCAAAAAAUGACUACUUAUGUAGCAUGCAAUUUUCUCAAUGAUUUUAGAUGCCCUUGAAAAUUCAAUUAUAUUUUAUGGAAAACAUGCAUAAAAAUAUUCAUUCUUUUACUUAUUCGGUAGAAAAUCACGUCUUCUUCCAAUUUCAUACUCAAAAGAAGAGUAGAAUUCGGUUUUAAAAAAAACUUUUCUAAUUCCCGAAUAAUUUUGAACCCGACCUGCUGUUACACUUGCAUUCAGGGUUUCAAAACUACAAGCUGUAUAUUUUCCGUGUACGGAAAACCAUGCAUUUCUCUACGGUGUUAAGAGAAGACCAUAUGAGGUUCAUAAAAUGUAGCAGUGAAUUUGAACCAUAUUGUUAACUUUACAAUCCACAUUGGUAAAUGCAGAGACAUGACGUUUCAUGAACGGCCAUUUAACGGUAUUAAAAAAUCUCAGAAUUAGAAACUUUUUAAAACCGAAUUAUACUCUUCUUUUGAAUAUGAACUUGGAAGAAGACGUGAUUUUCUACCGAAUAAGUAAAAGAAUGAAUAUUUUUAUGCAUGUUUUCCAUAAAAUAUAAUUGAAUUUUCAAGGGCAUCUAAAAUCAUUGAGAAAAUUGCAUGCUACAUAAGUAGUCAUUUUUUGCAGAGUAUAGAUCUUGCAUGCAGCCGCAAAUAAGUUUUUUCGAAAGGCGACACCCUGAGGUAACUGGAUCAUUAUAGAUUUAUGCUGCAUCAUGAUUAGCUUUACAACACUACUUAAUUUACCUUUUCGAAACGAGAACGCAUUUCGACAUUUUGGUUGAUAUUUUAUGAGUUAGCACAUCUACUGUAGGUUCAGAGUUGAUCCCAUAUGUUCUACUUUAGUGGGGAAUGGAUGUGAUAUUUCGUCGGAACCAAGCCGUUUUUGCAUUGCCGGUGAUCACAUCUGGACCGCUGGUCAAAACGGUCCCUUUCAGGCACUUCUAACCAAUUUUGCCUGCUUGUAACAUGUUAUUGUCAUUCUCCUCUGUUAGUUUAUUCCGGGAUUUCACCGGAUACCCAGUUCUAUUGUUAAAUAUAAGGGCUAAGGCGUGUUCCAAAAGGCAAGUGAAGUCAAGUGGAUGCGAUCGCUAGAACAAGACUUGUCUGCAGGACGUUUCGGUCCCUCCUUCGAACACUUCGUCAGAGACAACAGCAGAUAAGGGCCUGUGAAGCCUGGAGUGAAUAAAGUUGUGUUCGAUGGAAAUCAACAUGUGUAUAUAUUUUAGGUUUACAAAAACACCCACUAAGCCCAUAGACAUCUCCGGUCGUUUACAUCUCCUCUUGUCAUUAAAUCGGUGUGGUUGAGGAAGUAAAAAGUGGGUUAGGUACUUCGCAGACCUCCCUGACUAUACCUAAAGUCAAUUGCUAGCCCACACUGCUCCUCGCCCCUUACAGGACAGCGUUGAUCCCCGCUGCCCACGACGGCUGAAACAUCAUUAACGGCGAUGUGAAAGUUUUAUUCCGUUUCUCCUCUAUAACAGGGUCGUUUUUUCUGUACAACGUUGCUAUCGGAACCCACCUGGGUUGAACACUGGAAUAAGUAUCGCGCACUGUAGAUGGCCUUGCGCUACAUUCCGGUAGAGGUGUCUAGUCCUGUGUUUUAAAUUCUACCCUAACUACAACCCUGACGCUAACCCCAAAAUUAACCAUCCUAACCCUAACCAGAAACUUUCUGGCCCUGACCUUGGCCCUAACACCUUGGAAUUCGGCACAGGUUCACCCAUAAAACGGGAUGCGCAAAUGCAACCGUGCCCUGUAGCCGCCUGUUCACUGACCCCAUUUGUAGCGAUAGACUUAGCCACAACUUGCCAUCUUGCCAGCUGUCGUCACAUUUAGUCAAUCAUAACCCUAACCAACAAGUGGCACCAGAAACACGAACAACCGCUCGUGCAUGGUGUGCAUGAUCCAGAGACGGGGUCCAGCAGAUGGGUCAUUAAUGUUUCGUAACCUAUCAUUCUCUGUCGCUGCAGAUCGGGUUUUUAUUCAAUCAGCUCCCAACUGGUAAUCGGGAAUAUGAUUGGCUGAAUGGCGGCAAAAUGUGGCCGAAACAGUACUGUAUCAAUCUACCCAUAUUAUCUGUCGUCCCUCCUCUCGGCUCUUAUAACUUGCCUGGCUUCAGCCUGGUAGUUACUUUCCUGUUCGUGAUACUGGCCACACAUACGGAGCCUCAUUGUUUCAAGAAGCCAGUCGAUCGGUGUGCGCCCAUUUCUAAUUGCAUAAAUACCUGAUCAACGACAGAGAAUGAAAGGGGGUGAGACACUGAUGAACGUCGCUUCGAUGAAGUGCUUAUGCUCCGUCUACCGGACCACGUCUCUGGAUCAUGCAGGCCGUGCACGAGCGCCUAUUUGUGUUUCUGGUGCUAGUUGUUGGCUGAAAGGAGAAUAAGCCCGAAACUGUGUUAUAUAAAUCUACCCGCAUCAUCUGACAUUCUGUUUCCCCAUGCAGCGAACUUGAAAUAUGUGGUCCGACCGAUUGUGGACGACGCGUGGUGCGACCCUCGUCCAUUUGCCCACUAGAGUGGUAUCGUCUGGGCGCCAAAGGAAUCAUCCUGGAGGAUAGCACGUUGAAUUACCCCUCUAAUCCUGAUGUCAAAGCUCACUGUCCAGCUGAGAUGAUAGCCAAAGUUGGACUCACCAAGUACGGAUUCACAAUGCAAGAGAUUUUACAGAGAGCGGACCUGAUAGGUUACAUUAGCAAGGCGAUAAAGGAUAAAGGUAUGUCAUGUCCCGUUUUUCCAUCCAAGUUUAUAGCGCUCACAAUUAUUUAAGUGUUGGAAACCACUGGGGAAUCUUUGGCAAUCUUCAAUACCACUCCCUCUUCCGAAAGUCACUGGAUAAAAUGACACCGGCAUGCAUAUAUUUUACUAAUUAGAUCUUAGCUAAUACCUGUUCUGGCUUUGUGGUAAAUCGAGCCAGCAUCUCAGGCUGCCAGUUGUCUGAUUGCAACUCUGAAAUAAAACGCGGUUAUUUUGUCGAAAUUAAUGUAUUUCGGCUAAGGUAUUCAAAGCGAACCCUUGAGCAAGCCCCAAAAGGUUUAUCUAAAAUGAUUUGCUCCAGGCUCAUGCAUUAAUUUCUGAGGGAAUGAAAAGGUUUAACGUAGACACUAGUGUUCGUCACAACUGAGUCGCCGUUGUUGUGUCGAGCGGAGCGAAGCAUGGUUGCCUAUCGGCCCUGAACCUUUGAAAUUUUAUACUGCCUAUGGCAGCGGUAUAGAGAAGGACCGCACUUAACUGUUAGUAGACUGUGGAUCGUGCCGUACGUGAUUUAUGGUGAAGGGAGUUUUAUGGGUGGGGCAGCACGUUAGACAGUAAGCUGGCAAAAUGAAAGAAAGUCUUGUCGUAGGCUAUUGUGCGACAAGGGAAAUGAGAGUAGUAGUUAAACAAUAAGCAAAAAGAACAUUUCCCAAAAUAACGGAUUUUGAGUUAAGGUGCGAUGUCUUGGGGAGUAAACGUUGUUGACAGUGUAAUUUCCGCAACAGCCUGCAAAUGCGUGCCAAGAUAAAGCCCCAUAUGGCACGAUCAACAGUCUACUGACAGUUAAGUGUGGUCCUUCUCUAUACCGUUGCCCUGCCUACAAUGCUGACGAAAAACUACCGGAACGAGCGCCCCUAUCGAAGGUGAACGCCGAAUUGUCUAGAAACUGUUCCACUUCCGACACGUGAAGGUCAUAAUAAGGAUCGCACCGGACGUUUCCUUGCCUUGUUUCCUUGCGAUUUGAUCCUCCAGCGUGACGACAGAUCCCAAGCGGCAAAGCCUGAACCUCUGAAUAUUUAUACACCAAACUUUGCAAUGAAGGUCAAUACACUAAAAGUAACCUCUUACUCGAACGAGCGUCAUCAUGCGGUGAGUAAAACCGAGAGUUAGUGUCAGAGGACAUCGAAUUGUAGUUGCGUAUGCAUGCUAUUGCCUGGAAGCGCAAUCCACAAUGAAAUCAUAGUUUGGUCCCAAGCCUAUUGCAGUCUUUGACAACUAAUAAUAGCCAGCGGGGAAGCAGCUUGACAUCUUCUUUAAUUUUAAAGUUGAAAUUUAAGUCGAACAGGGGAUCUCACGCAUUUUCCUCUUCCGAAAAGGCUGUGGGCGGAUGGAGAAGAACUAAUUCCAAAUGGCCCAGAUGACUCGGCUGGCAUACCAAGCGUCUCCGUACUGCUCUGAUAAGUCCACCUAAGAUAGAGCGGCCAGGGCAUUAGGAUGUCGGAUAAGUGUUUACCAAAGGGACCCUGUUGCCACAACUAUCACAACAAAAACCAAAGCAAAUGGUCAUUAUUAAUGAUCAGCAACUUUAUCUUCUUCAAAUUGUGACCAUAUCUUCCAAGUCCGGCGUGGCUCGGCCAGAGUCUCUGCGCCCACCGCAAUUCUACCUCACACUAAUGCUAUCGCUGCGGACCUUAAAUUCAAAUCGUUGAGGUCAGAACUGGCCUCGUUGCACACUUUCGCAUCUGCUUUAAUACAGAGUACAUACAACGAAUAUUGGGAGGAUCCGUGUCGAAAGCGACGUACGAAGCCACACCAGAACACCAUAGCAGACAGCAGGGGUCAGGCGCACAUCCAGAACGCGAGAGGCCGGCACGAAAUGUCUGGCCAACCACUUAGCCAGACCUCAUCUUUGGUUGUGCUGGUUCGCCCUUAUCAUUCAAAUAUUAGGGGAUAGGAAGAGGAGAAUUAGAAUCACUCCGCACCUGCCUAUCUCACCAUAAUCCCAUUCAGAAGCAAGGCAACACUCACUCCCUGGGGAAGCCCUGGUCCUCCGCGAGUUUGAAAGUUCAGCUACCGCUGAAGGCAACGGCCUGGUUAGCCAUUGAACCGUAUCUCCACUUCGCUUGACACAGUCUCAGUCUCCGGCAUAGGAUGAAAGAGGUGACGCAGAGAGAGAGAGAGAGAGAGAGAGAGAGAGAGAGAGAGAGAGAGGAGUGAAGCCGAUCCCAUUCGACUUCCCCUCCCUCAAGUCCGCGGUUAAACUAGCCCGACACCUUGGAGUUCGCGCUUUCAAUCACGGUCAUGUAGUAUGAUCAGUCGUUACCUGAGACCCAGAGUCGGGUUGUGAUAGUCCCUUUCUCGUUUGCUUUUCAAUAAUAAAUUCUAAGGACAUUUUGUUUAAGCGCUUGAUAUCUGACAACUGUUUCACUGCAUCCGUCAGGCGGGAAUUAACUUGACGACCAGGCCAACUUUUGAUUCAGUUGUCAUUGGAACAUGGUGGGACUGGGUGACCUUGCGGAAGUUAAUGCCGCGUUUUUCUUCAUCAUACAUCUCCAGGUAUCGUCGAACAUUAUCAAACAAUCAUAGUGCAGUUCACCAGAGUUCAGUGUAAUGCUGCCGAAAUCAUAAAGUUCGUCGACUUUGCGUUUAUGAUAUCGAAACCUCCGUCUAGGCAGUUGACGCCCGGCAGGACUGCUCACCGAUGGGCUCAAGUUCUCACUUUAGUCCACUAUGGCCUACCAGCUGACCACUUUUAUCCAACUCUAGGGUAACAGCACCGAACUGGUCGCGUACGUGUAGAAGUGGGCGUAACCUGGCCUGCUAAAGGGCUACUGUGCUGAUUAACUCUCUGGGUGAUCGGCUGUGUAUUUAGAUGUUUGCCAGCCUGUUGGAAUAUACUCGAGGCGGGCUUUUAUUAAUUCCCUUUUCCUCUUGUUUCAGCUUACCGAAGAAUAAAGGAGUCAAUGGAUGCAUGGUAGGUUUAAAGUUUUUGCCUUUCGCUUUACAGCCUUCUAACUCACUUAUUUCUCCACCUUUCAGCUUGAAACAGUUUGACUUUUAA